AUGGCUCCCCUCAACCGCAUCAUCAUCGACACGGAUCCUGGUGUCGAUGACAUCCUAGCCAUCCUUUUGGCUCUUGCAGCUAAGCCAGAUGAGCUGGAGAUCCUGUUGCUGUCUAUCACCUACGGAAACGUCGAGGUGGAAAGCUGCCUCCGCAAUGCCGUUGCCCUCUUCCAUGUCAUCGAGAAAGAGAGAGAAUGGCGAAGAGCUCGUGGCCAGCUCGAGGGUUUCGAAGCCAUGAUCGAGUCAAAGCCUCUUGUGGCUAUAGGACCCGAGCAUCCCUUGGAGGAGACCAUUCUGAUGGCAGAUUACUUCCACGGCGCUGAUGGCUUGGCUGGCGUCCAUACUUCGCACCCUCACCUAUCUCCAUCCGAAACCUGGAAGACUCUGUUCCAACCUCUUCAGGCCGGUGCCACCGCGGAAGAGGUAGCAGCGGCUAGAGAGCUUGCAACUCCAUCCUCUUCAUUCCGAGCUUCUCAGCUCCCCGCUCACAAGGAAAUUCUUCGCCUCCUGCAGGAGAACCCUCGUGAUACCAUCACCAUCGUUGCUGUUGGACCAUUGACCAACCUGGCUUUGGCAGCAGCUGAAGAUACUGAGACUUUCCUGAGGGUCAAGGAAGUCGUUGUGAUGGGCGGUGCAAUUGAUUGUUCGGGUAACAUCACUCCUGUUGCCGAGUUCAACACUUUCGCCGAUGCUGUGGCUUCUGCCCGUGUAUUCGCUCUCACUUCUCAGAUUCCGGCUUCGACCAUGCCGCCAGUACCGAAGGGCAUCCAGUCACUGCCUCCGUACCCAAAGAAUCUCUCAAGACAACUUAAUCUAACUCUGUUCCCGCUUGACGUUACGACUCCCCACGCACUUCAUCGAUCUCUCGUCUCGGCUAAACUGAACCCUUUAAUCAAGGCUGGCAGUCCUCUUGCAGAGUGGACAUCUGCAUUCGUGCACAAGACACUUGACAAUAUCGAGAGUCGGACCGUAAAGCAAGCAGACCCAGGACUUGAACUGCAUGAUCCCUUGUGCAUCUGGUACAUGCUCACCCGCUCUGCUCCCUCCUGGAUGUCAGCACCCAAGGCCCCUGAAGACAUCCGAAUUGAGGUAUCAGGCCAGUGGACUCGGGGAAUGCAUUUGGUAGAUCGAAGACAGAGAAAGAAAGGCAAGGCUUCCUCCCAAAAAAUCAAGAAUCCAGGAGCGAUUGACAUUAUGAAUCCCAUGGAGACAUUGACCCCUACACAUCCUGACGAAAGUAAGGAUGAGGAUGCGCCAGGCGACCAUCACAGCUGGCUCCACCCGGAUAAGGGAAACAGAAUCAACAGAAUCGUUUCCUCACCCGGAGAGGAUGCCUUUGGACCUUACCUUCUGGAGCGCAUCUUCGGAUAG